AGGCAGGGAAGGAAAAAUUAGAGAGGGGUUAGUAAAUGUUCCCUUUCUCAGUCUCCCCAGCAGUUACCAUGUUGUGUUUCCCCUCUUUGCUGUUCUCCUUUCGUUCCUUUCUUCCCUGGCACAGGGGAUGACUCCUGUCCGGAUUCUCUCUCUGUAUUCCAAAGGGUAUUGGGAUGGUGAAUGAGAAGGAGAAUCCACAGCAGGAAGGUGGUGAGGAUGUGGGUCUGCAGGGAAUGGUAUUGGGAAGAUCCGAGGGGAAUUUUUAUGAGAAUCACAAACGAGGAAAAACCAAUGGAAAUCAGCACAGGUCAGAGAGGCUGCUGGGGUCUGACCCAGGGAAGAAAUCGUGUGAACCCAUAAAUGAUGGUGGAGAUUGCAAGGACCUCAAGGAAACCACAGCCCAGCAGAGAAUGCCCAUAAAAGAGAGAAAAUACACAUGCCCCAAGUGUGGGAAAAGCUUCAUUCAGAGGUCACAUCUUAUUUCCCACCAGAGGAUCCACACUGGAGAGAAACCCUACAAGUGCCUUGUCUGUGCAAAAGGUUUCAAUCAGACCACAAACCUUAUUUCCCACCAGAGGAUCCACACGGGAGAGAAACCCUAUAAAUGCCUUGACUGUGGGAAAGGUUUCAAUCAGCGUUCGCAUCUUAUUAGGCAUGAGAGUACCCACAGAGGUGAAAAACCCUAUAAAUGUAUGUACUGUGCGAAAAACUUCAUUCAGAGCACAGAUCUUAUUAGGCAUGAGAGAACCCACACGGGUGAGAAAUCCUAUAAAUGUCUGGACUGUGGGAGAAGCUUUGUUCUGAGCUCAGUUCUUAUUUCACAUGAGAGAACGCACACAGGAGAGAAACCCUAUAAAUGCCUUAAGUGCGGGAAAAGAUUCAGCUGGAGCUCAAAUCUGAUUUCACAUCAAAGAACUCAUACAGGAGAGAGACCGUAUAAGUGCCUGGACUGUGGGAAAAGGUUUAUUAACAACUCAGCCCUUUGUCAACAUCAGAGAAUCCAUACAGGAGAGAGACCCUAUAAAUGCCUCGACUGUGGGAAAAGUUUCAGUUGGAGAUCAACCUAUAUCCGACAUCAGAGAAUCCACAUGGGAGAGAAACCUUGAAUAUGGGAGAAGCUUCAGCUGGGGUCUGCUUGUAUCAGGCAUCAGCAAACCCAUACAGAGAAUAGACCUCUUAAAUAUCUUUAACAUGGAAGAUGCUUCAAGUGGAAUUGACAUUGGAGACUCCACACAGGAGAGAAAUUCUAUCAAUUCCAUCCCUAGGACUGGCCAUAGUGUCUUAAAAAAUAAAUCCAAUUGCCUUGAACAUAUCUUUGACUUCUUUCAUGCUAAGUCAGACUUGUGAGGGCUGCUGAUGAAAAUGUGGACAGGUUCCAGAGGGGUAGCCGUGUUAGUCUGUGUCAGCCAGAAUAACGAGGAGUCCUUGUGGCACCUUACAGACUAACAAAAGGACUCCUCGUUGUUUUUGAUGAAAAUGUUGCGGACUUGGAGGGGAGUUU